AUGGGUGACCAGGACAUGGAAUGCUUCGGCCCGGCGGCCACAUACCUCCGGAAACCUGAAAGGGAGAGAAUAGAGGCUCAAAACACUCCUUUUGAUGCCAGAACAGCUUACUAUGUGACAGAGCCCACUGAGAUGUAUGUGAAAGGAAAACUAGUGAAGAAGGAGGGUGGCAAAGCCACAGUUGAAAUUCAAGGAGGAAAGACCCUUACUGUAAAGGAAGAUGAAGUCUUCCCCAUGAACCCUCCAAAGUUCGAUAAGAUCGAGGACAUGGCCAUGAUGACCCAUCUCAGCGAGCCUUCUGUGCUGUAUAACCUCAAAGAGCGCUAUGCAGCAUGGAUGAUCUAUACCUACUCAGGGCUGUUCUGCGUCACUGUGAACCCCUACAAGUGGCUCCCAGUGUAUGAUGCAGUGGUGGUUGUGGGAUACAGGGGCAAAAAGAGGAUUGAGGCUCCACCCCACAUCUUCUCCAUCUCUGAUAACGCCUAUCAGUUCAUGCUCCAAGAUCGUGAGAAUCAGUCAAUCUUGAUUACUGGAGAAUCUGGAGCAGGAAAGACUGUUAACACCAAACGUGUCAUCCAGUACUUUGCAACAAUCGCAGUGUCUGGAGCAAAGAAAGCUGAGGCAGUUCCUGGAAAAAUGCAGGGGUCGCUGGAGGAUCAGAUCAUUGCAGCCAACCCACUGCUUGAGGCCUAUGGUAACGCCAAAACAGUGAGGAAUGACAACUCAUCCCGCUUUGGUAAAUUCAUCAGAAUCCAUUUUGGAUCCACUGGAAAGUUGGCUUCUGCUGAUAUUGAAACAUAUCUGCUGGAGAAAUCUCGAGUGACGUUCCAGCUGUCAGCUGAGAGGAGUUACCACAUCUUCUAUCAGCUCAUGACAGGCCACAAACCUGAGCUAAUAGAGGGUCUUCUCAUCACCACCAACCCGUAUGACUAUCACAUGAUCAGUCAGGGUGAAAUCACUGUCAAGAGUAUCAAUGACGUUGAAGAAUUCAUUGCUACAGAUACAGCCAUUGACAUCCUGGGCUUCACUGCAGAGGAGAAGAUCAGCAUUUACAAGCUGACUGGAGCUGUGAUGCAUCAUGGAAAUAUGAAGUUCAAGCAGAAACAGAGGGAGGAGCAGGCUGAGCCUGAUGGCACUGAGGUGGCUGAUAAAAUUGCAUACCUCAUCGGCCUUAAUUCUGCUGAUAUGCUCAAAGCCUUGUGUUACCCAAGAGUCAAGGUUGGCAAUGAAAUGGUAGUUAAAGGUCAAACUGUCCCACAGGUCAACAAUGCCGUCAUGGCUCUCUGCAAGGCUGUCUAUGAGAAAAUGUUCUUGUGGAUGGUCGUCAGAAUCAAUGAGAUGCUGGAUACCAAACAACCCAGAAACUUUUUCAUAGGUGUCUUAGAUAUUGCUGGAUUUGAAAUCUUUGAUUUCAACAGUUUGGAGCAGCUGUGCAUCAACUUCACCAAUGAAAAACUGCAACAGUUUUUCAACCAUCACAUGUUUGUCCUGGAGCAAGAGGAGUACAAGAAAGAGGGAAUUGAAUGGGAGUUCAUUGACUUUGGCAUGGACUUGGCUGCCUGCAUUGAGCUUAUUGAGAAGCCAAUGGGCAUCUUCUCCAUCCUUGAAGAGGAGUGCAUGUUCCCCAAGGCAACAGACAUGACCUUCAAGAACAAAAUGUAUGACCAGCAUAUUGGAAAAAGUGCUCCCUUCCAGAAACCAAAGCCGACCAAAGGCAAAGCUGAGGCCCAUUUCUCCCUGGUGCACUAUGCCGGCACUGUUGACUACAAUGUUCUUGGCUGGUUGGACAAGAACAAGGACCCCCUGAAUGACUCUGUGGUGCAGCUUUACCAGAAGUCUUCAACGAAGCUUCUGGCCUUGCUAUUUGCAUCUCAUGCCUCUGCUGACGAUAGUAAAGGUGGAAAGAAGGGUGGUGGCAAGAAGAAGGGUGGCUCCUUCCAGACGGUGUCUGCUCUUUUCAGGGAAAACCUGGGCAAGCUGAUGACCAACUUAAGGAGUACUCAUCCACAUUUUGUGCGCUGUUUGAUUCCCAAUGAAUCCAAAACACCAGGUCUCAUGGAGAACUUCCUGGUCAUCCACCAACUGAGGUGUAAUGGUGUGCUGGAAGGCAUCAGGAUCUGUCGCAAAGGCUUCCCCAGCAGAAUCCUCUAUGGUGACUUCAAGCAGAGGUACAAAGUACUGAAUGCCAGUGUCAUCCCUGAGGGACAAUUCAUUGACAACAAGAAAGCCUCAGAGAAACUCUUGGGCUCUAUAGAUGUUGACCGAACUCAGUACAAAUUCGGACACACAAAGGUAUUCUUCAAAGCUGGACUACUGGGUAUGCUUGAAGAGAUGAGAGAUGAGAAACUGGUGGCACUGGUCACAAUGACUCAGGCUCUGUGCAGAGGUUAUGUGAUGAGAAAGGAAUUUGUCAAGAUGAUGGCGAGAAGGGAAGCCAUUUACUCCAUCCAGUACAACAUCCGUUCAUUCAUGAAUGUCAAAACCUGGCCAUGGAUGAAGCUGUACUUCAGAAUAAAGCCACUGCUGAAGAGUGCAGAGACUGAGAAAGAGAUGGCCCAAAUGAAAGAAGACUUUGAAAAGACCAAGGAGGAGCUAGCAAAGGCUCUGGCUAAGAAGAAAGAAUUGGAGGAGAAGAUGGUCUCUCUCCUACAGGAGAAGAAUGACUUGCAGCUACAAAUUCAGUCUGAGGGGGAAAACCUCGCCGAUGCAGAGGAAAGGUGUGAGGGGCUCAUUAAAGCUAAAAUCCAGCUCGAGGCUAAAGCCAAAGAGGUAUCUGAGAGGCUGGAGGAUGAGGAGGAAAUCAAUGCUGAGCUGACUGCAAAGAAGAGGAAGCUGGAGGACGAGUGCUCUGAGUUAAAGAAAGACAUCGAUGACUUGGAGCUCACCCUGGCCAAAGUGGAAAAGGAGAAACAUGCCACUGAGAACAAGGUCAAAAACCUUAUAGAGGAAAUGGCUUCUCAAGAUGAGACCAUUGCUAAACUGACUAAGGAGAAGAAAGCCCUCCAAGAGGCUCAUCAGCAGCUCCUUGAUGACCUGCAAGCAGAGGAAGACAAAGUCAACACUCUGACGAAGGCCAAGACCAAGCUGGAGCAGCAAGUGGACGAUAUUGAAGGUUCAUUAGAGCAAGAGAGGAAGCUCCGUAUGGAUCUUGAGCGAGGAAAAAGGAAGCUCGAAGGAGAUCUGAAGCUGGCCCAGGAAACAAUCAUGGAUCUUGAAAAUGACAAGCAGCAGUCUGAAGAGAAAGUAAAGAAGAGAGACUUUGAGAUUAGCCAGUUACUCAGCAAGAUAGAAGAUGAGCAAUCAGUUGGUGUUCAGCUUCAAAAGAAAAUCAAGGAGCUGCAGGCUCGUAUUGAGGAGCUGGAGGAGGAGAUCGAGGCUGAGCGAGCUGCUCGGGCCAAGGUGGAGAAGCAGAGGUCUGAGCUCUCCAGGGAACUUGAGGAGAUCAGUGAGAGGCUGGAAGAAGCUGGAGGAGCAACAUCAGUACAGAUUGAGAUGAACAAGAAGCGUGAGGCCGAGUUUCAUAAGCUGCGUCGUGAUCUCGAAGAGUCCACCCUGCAGCAUGAAGCCACCGCUGCAGCUCUCCGUAAGAAGCAGGCUGACAGUGUGGCAGAGCUGGGAGAACAGAUUGAUAACCUCCAGAGAGUCAAACAGAAACUGGAGAAAGAGAAAAGUGAAUUCAAGAUGGAGAUUGAUGACCUCAUAAGCAAUAUGGAGGCUAUCGCCAAAUCAAAAGGUAAUCUGGAGAAAAUGUGCCGCUCUCUUGAGGAUCAACUAAGUGAAUUCAAGUCCAAGAAUGAAGAUCAUGUGCGUCAGCUAAAUGAAUUCAAUGCUCAAAGAGCAAGACUGACGACUGAAAAUGGGGAAUUUGGCCGGCAGUUGGAAGAAAAGGAAUCUCUUGUUUCACAACUUACAAGGGGGAAACAAGCUUAUGUUCACCAGAUUGAGGAGCUUAAAAGGCACCUUGAGGAAGAAAUGAAGGCCAAGAACGCCCUGGCUCAUGCUGUUCAAUCAGCUCGUCAUGACUGCGACCUGCUCAGAGAGCAGUUUGAGGAGGAGCAGGAGGCCAAAGCUGAGCUGCAGCGUUCCAUGUCCAAGGCUAACAGUGAGGUGGCUCAGUGGAGAUCCAAAUAUGAGACUGAUGCUAUUCAGCGCACUGAGGAGCUGGAGGAGGCAAAGAAAAAGCUUGCCCAGCGUCUUCAGGAUGCAGAGGAAUCCAUCGAGGCUGUGAAUGCAAAAUGUGCCUCUCUGGAAAAGACUAAACAGAGACUGCAGGGUGAAGUGGAGGACCUGAUGAUCGAUGUGGAGAGAGCUAACGCUCUGGCUGCUAACCUUGACAAGAAGCAAAGGAACUUUGACAAGGUUCUUGCAGAGUGGAAGCAGAAGUAUGAAGAGAGCCAGGCUGAGCUUGAGGGAGCUCAAAAGGAGGCUCGCUCACUAAGCACUGAGCUGUUUAAAAUGAAAAACUCCUAUGAAGAAGCUCUGGACCAACUGGAGACCCUGAAGAGAGAGAACAAGAACCUGCAACAGGAAAUCUCCGAUUUAACCGAACAUAUUGGCGAAACAGGAAAAACAAUUCAUGAACUCGAAAAGGGGAAGAAGAGUGCAGAAAUUGAGAAAGCAGAAGUGCAAACUGCCCUGGAGGAGGCAGAGGCUACCCUGGAGCAUGAAGAGUCUAAGAUUCUCCGUGUCCAGCUGGAGCUCACCCAAGUCAAGGGUGAAGUUGACAGAAAAAUUGCAGAGAAGGAUGAGGAGAUUGAGCAGAUUAAGAGGAACAGCCAGAGAAUAAUUGAGACCAUGCAGAGCACUCUGGAUGCUGAAAUCAGGAGCAGGAAUGAUGCCCUGAGAAUCAAGAAGAAGAUGGAGGGAGACCUCAAUGAGAUGGAGAUUCAGCUGAGUCAUGCCAACCGCCAGGCAGCUGAAGCCCAGAAACAGCUGAGAAAUGUGCAGGGACAGUUUAAGGAGGCCCAGCUGCACCUUGAUGAAGCUGUCAGAGGUCAGGCAGACAUGAAGGAGCAGAUUGCAAUGGUGGAGCGCAGGAACAACCUGAUGCUGGCUGAGAUUGAAGAGCUGAGAGCUGCUCUGGAGCAGACUGAGAGAGGCCGUAAGAUCGCUGAGCAGGAGCUGGUGGAUGCCAGCGAGCGCGUGGGACUGCUGCACUCUCAGAACACAAAUCUCAUAAACACUAAAAGGAAGUUGGAGGGUGACCUUGCCCAGAUCCAAGGUGAAGUGGAGGAUGCUAUCCAGGAAGCAAGAAAUGCUGAAGACAAAGCCAAAAAGGCCAUCACUGAUGCUGCCAUGAUGGCAGAAGAGCUGAAGAAGGAGCAGGACACCAGUGCUCACUUGGAGAGGAUGAAGAAGAACCUGGAGGUGACGGUGAAGGACCUGCAGCACCGCCUUGAUGAAGCUGAAAAUCUGGCCAUGAAGGGCGGCAAGAAGCAGCUCCAGAAACUGGAGGCUAGGGUUCGAGAGCUGGAGGGUGAAGUUGAUGCUGAGCAGAGGCGUGGAGCUGAGGCUGUGAAAGGUGUCCGCAAAUAUGAGCGUCGAGUGAAGGAGCUGACUUAUCAGACUGAGGAGGACAAGAAGAAUAUUGCCCGACUCCAAGAUCUGGUGGAUAAGCUGCAGCAGAAAGUGAAAUCCUACAAGAGGCAAUCUGAGGAAGCUGAGGAGCAGGCCAACACUCACCUGUCCAGGUACAGGAAGGUUCAGCAUGAGCUCGAGGAAGCUCAGGAACGAGCUGACAUUGCAGAGUCGCAGGUCAACAAGCUGAGAGCCAAGAGCCGUGACAUUGUUAGGGGGAAGGACGCUGAAGAAUAAACAUCAGUCUUGAUGUGACACAGUACAAGAAAUCAUAAAAUAUGAUCUUUUUGUCUGAAGUGUCAAGUGUGUAACAAGAAAUAAACAUGCAAGCAACAGAA